AUGAUAUUAUUAUCAUUGAUAAUAAAUCAAGAAAAAACAAAAACAUUGCCUCAUUGGAUUGAAAUUUUCAACAUUGUCAUUAAGAUUGUGAAAACAGCAAACUUUGACCAGAAUCAUAUCAGCAAAAUCAUCGAUGAUUGAUUAUUGUUCAAAUUGUGUCCAGUUGUCAUUUUGUUUAUAGAUCAGUGCCUCCUUCCAACCUUGAGCCGUUUUUUAUAUUGAAAUAACAUUCCACUGCGGUAAACAGUUCCAAACAGAAAAUAUUCAUUCAUUUAUUUGGUGUUUGACAUCAAUACUUUCAGCACAAUCAAAAUAAAUCUAUGAAUUAUUCGUAAUUCGUAAUUCAUUGCCGAUUCAUUCUCAGUGAAUCUGAUCAGUUUCCAAGUUAGCAGCUUCAAAAUCUACAUUCCUCUUGAAAUUUUUCCCGGUGCUACAAACAAAUCCGAUCCACCAUGACAACAGAUGGCGCAUCUAGAGAUCGUUUUAACAACAAAAUCGAAUAUUUUUUAACCGCUCUCAGCUAUGCCGUUGGAUUGGGAAACGUAUGGAGAUUCCCGUAUCUUUGCUACAAAAAUGGUGGUGGUUCGUUUCUGAUACCCUACAUGACAAGUCUGUUAAUUUUGGGUUUACCAUUUUUCUUUUUUGAAUCUUCAAUCGGCCAAUUCACUAGUCUUGGUCCUAUCAAAGUAUGGAGACUAUCCCCAUUGUUCAAAGGAAUUGGCUACGCAAUGUUCGUAAUGGGCGCCUAUGUUGGAAUCUAUUACAAUAUGGUCGUAGCAUGGUCAUUUUAUUAUGUCUAUUCGGCAUUAACAGAAAUGCCGUCAGUUCCGUGGUUAUCAUGUAACAAUGAAUGGAAUAGCCAAGAAUGUGCUGAUGGCAUUAUUCGUAACGUGACUGAUGGUAAACAGACAAGUCCAAGUCAGGAAUUUUUCUAUCAUAAAGUUCUACAAAUCAGCGGAGGUAUCGAUGAAAUGGGUUUUUUGCGUCCCCAUUUGGUCUUGUGUCUGGCGUUGGCUUGGAUAUUCAUAUAUUGUGGCCUUUGUUUAGGAACAAAAAGUUUGGGCAAAAUUUCAUAUUUCACGGCUUUCUUUCCAUACAUUAUGAUAACUGCAUUGCUCAUUAAUGGUCUACAGUUGCAAGGUUCUACCGAAGGAAUCCUUCAUUACAUAAGUCCCAAUUUUGAAAAGUUGAGUGAAAUUGGCGUUUGGUCUGAUGCUGCCACCCAAAUCUUUUAUUCAUUAUCUAUCUGUAUGGGCGGUGUGAUCACAUUGGCCAGCUAUAAUAAUUUUAAAAAUAAUCUUUUUCAAGAUUCGAUCUUGAUUGUCAUAAGCAAUUCUUUGACUAGCAUCUAUGCCGGCUUUGCCAUUUUUAGCGUCAUUGGAUUUAUGGCCAAUCAGCUUGGAAAAUCGAUAGAUGAAGCUGCUGACCAAGGCGUCGGUCUUGCAUUUGUUGCCUAUCCGGCUGCUCUUGCCAGGUUGCCUUACCCAUCGAUCUGGUCAGUUAUCUUUUUCCUGAUGAUCAUAACGCUCGGAUUUGGAUCUCAAAUGACUAUAGUGGAGACCACAGUCGCUACUCUAGUCGAUUUUUGGCCAAAUAAAUUACAAAAACGAAAACCAUUGGUUUUGGGAUUAGUUUGUUUGGUCAUGUUUUUGGCCGGUCUGCCUAUGUGUACCGGGGCUGGAUUAUAUAUUUUGCAGUUGAUGGAUAGUUAUUCAAUUCCUUAUUCUGCUUUUUUCAUUGCUAUUGCUGAGUUGAUUGCCAUAUUUUGGGUGUAUGGCUUAGAUAUUCACAUGAAAAACAUUUACAGAAUGGUUGGCUAUAAAAUCUGGCCUCAAGUUUAUUGGCGAUUCAUGUUCAAAUAUGGCUGUCCAAUUCUGAUCUGUGGAAUGCUGACCGUUGUCAUCUGGAAACACGAGCCAUUAGUUUACAAUGAUUAUGUUUUUCCUAAAUAUUCUGAAUAUGUUGGCUGGUCAUUAACUGCGUCUUCCACUUUAUUAAUUCCAUUGUUUGCCAUUAUCGAAUUGGUUAAAGUGCUUAGAAAGCGAAAAACAUUGCAGCAAAUUUUGAGACCCGAAGUGAAAUUCGUUGGCGACCUCACACCAUCCGAUCAAUCGGAUAAAUCAUUCGAUUCAAUUAGUUCCAUUGCAAAAAGUUUUCCGGAAGAUCUGAAUGCCAGUGGUCAAGAUAAUCAUGCAUUUCUACAAUGCAACGAAAAUUUCCGUCGAAAUCUAAACCAAUUUGCUAAUUUUGAAGCUAACAGUAAAAACAAUGCCAAACUACUUAACUUUACGUCGAUUUCGACCUGGACAUGUGGCAACAACGGUGUAUCCAAUUUAAAUGACGAUAAAAAAUUACCUAUUUCGCCUAGUCUGCAGAAUGUAUUUCAACAACAAGCCUAAUUUUAUGAAUAUGAUUCCAGUUAAUAUUGAAAGUUGAUUGUCAAUUGUAUUAGCAUCAUCAUUUAUUUAAACGUCUUCCUAUACUAUGAUCAUCAUGAAAAUUGUAUGCCCAUCAUUCUCGAAGAAUUUAAAAAUAUUUUUUAAUCUUGCAUCGAAUCAAAUCACAUUUCAUGGAUGGGAUCAUCAUCAA